GCGAGGUUGAGCCGAUGUACUUCACCUGUCCGAACCCUGACGACGAGCAACAAAUAUGCAGCGUGAAUAUUUCACUAAAUGAAUCCAAGAGCUGUUUUUGGAGGGCUAUGGGAGAGCCUCUGAAGCUUGCUGAAAGGAAAAUCGCUGAAGCAGUGUCUCUCAACGCCCAUGUCAAAGUUGUUCUGUCAGGGGGCAGUGGUAAGAACUCUGCUGUCCAAGCUCGGCUCAACAUGGCCUGCCGGCGGUACGGGUUGUCGGAGCCAUCCACGAUGUACACACCGAAGGACGAGUGAGUAACAUGUUAAUAGCUCGACUCAGAACUGCGAGCACGGCAAUGCUGAUAUCCAAC